AUGAUCAUUGAAAUAACGACUGCAGUUGAAUUCCUGAUUCGUCUGCUUCAGGGGCAGCACCGGGGAAAACAACUGAAUAUAACACAACUAGCUUCUUUCAAAGACUCUCUGAUUAAGUUGUUGAAAAACAAAUACAAAAGCCACUGGUAUCCAGAGUACCCGAAUAGAGGAUCAGCGUAUCGAUGCAUCAGAAUUAACGGUACCAUGGAUCCAAUUGUGGCACAAGCUUUUAAUGCAACAGGUUGUUCAGCUAAUUCCUUAAGGGCACUCUUUCCCCAUGAACUUACUGUUUGGAUCGACCCAGAAGAUGUAUCGUACAGAAUAGGAGAAAAUGGAAGCAUUUCUCUUACUGUACGGUACAGAAUAUAA